GAUAAAAUACAUAAGGAGCGAGGGAUCCAAUCCAGUUAAAGCUAGUUCUGGUACUGGUUGAACCUUAAAUAUAACGUUAGCACACUUCCCUGGAAGUAUAGGGUUGAGGUGUACGUCUAACCUGCAGGCUUUCUUAGUUUUAUCGGAACAAGAAGGUUGAAAUUUUCCUUACUGUAGCUGUCUCGCCAAAACAAACCGAGAAUGGGACGGAAAAAGGGAACUUCCAAUGCAGAUGCAGCUGCAGAGCCAAGACGGAAGUCUCAAAGGCUGUCGGAGAAAGAGACCCAGGAAAAGCCACAACCAGAGAAGACAAAGGCUCCUCCUAAGACCAAGAAGGUAAAGGAGGCAGCAAAGGCCAAGGCUGAAGAGAAGAAAGAAGAAGCCCAAGCAGAGAAAGAAGUUCCUGCAGAAAAUGGCGAGGCCAAAGCUGAGGAGGCUGCUGCAGCAGAUGGUCAGGCAGACGAAAAGGAAGACAAGGCUGAAGAGGAUGAGAAAGCAGAGUAGCGGAGAUGGUUUAAUGUACUACUUUUUGUUGUAAAAUGCAGAGAAUAUUUUUAUCAGCUAUUUUCUUAAGACGGCAUUGUUUUUAAGGAUGUGAUUGCAUUUUUAAAAUACUUAAAUGUCUGUUAAAUUUCCAAAGCUUUUGUGAAGGGACCCUUUCUGUCAUUGUGUUGAUUGUAUUUUGUGGCAUCAUACAUUUUUCAGGAGAGAGAAAGAGAGAGUUUGUUCAGAGGGACCAUAUCACCGGUACUAUUAUGGAUUCUCAAAAUGCUGUGAGU